GGAGUUGAGUGGCUGGGCUGCAGACGAUUCAACAAGAUCAGUACUGAAAUUAAUUUCUAUUUAGGAAAUUAUAUAAUAGACUAUGGGUGUCGAAGUUGAAACAAUUAAUCCCGGCGAUGGUAUGACAAAGCCAAAAACUGGACAGACUGUUGUGGUUCAUUAUACCGGUACUUUAACAAAUGGAAAUGAGUUUGAUUCAUCAAGAAAAAGAGGAAAGCCUUUUAAAUUUAAAAUUGGCCAAGGUCAGGUAAUAAGAGGCUGGGAUGAAGGAGUCGCACAGAUGAGUGUUGGUGAAAGAGCAAAAUUAACAUGCUCUCCUGAUUACGCUUAUGGAAGUCGAGGGCAUCCAGGAGUUAUCCCACCCAAUGCGACACUAAUAUUUGACGUUGAACUGAUCGGGCUUGAAUAAGAAGACUGAACGUUUUUCGCUAUCGGUGUUACCAUUGUAAUCAUCUGAGCGAUGGAUGUAGCUGAUUUGUUAUUGAAGAUAUCCAUAGCUGUAGACCUUUGUACAUUAUAUAGACUAAACCCAAAAGAAUUCUACUUGCUGGAUUUACACUCUCUCAAGGUCAUCUCAAAUUGCAAAGAACUGUUUUUCUCAUACAUUUGUCUACAAAAUCUUGUCUUGUGAUUGAACUUGUAUUACUUAGAUUAAAGUUUCACUUCAAUAAUUUAAAACUAAUAUAUAUAUCUACACAUUUUCGGUCGUUGAAACGUAUAUGAUAGAGUAUUCACUCUGAGCUAUUUUUUUUUAUUUUUUUUAAAUGAGGUUAAUAUAAGCACAUCAUAAAAUUGAGUUUUAUCAUGCAUUUUCACUAAUAUUUGUCAUUUUGUAAAUGAAAAUUAGAGAAGCUAUGUACAAUAUUGUGCAGUUCUGAAAUGUUUUAAUGUUAUUGGCACUAGAACUGUCAAUCUGUCAAUGUCAAUUGUUAAUUUCGCAAAAUCACACUAUAGGAGUAAUUUUCUAUUAAGAGAUGCAUGUAUUAGCAAGAAUAAAGGGUGGUCAUAACCCAGAACUUCCAUUAUGUGUUGCAGAUGUAAGGGUUGGUUGGACAGACAGACAGACAGACAGACAGACAGACAGACACGCACGCACACGCACACACACACACAUGUACGCGCACACACAGCCGUCUUUACUGCAUUCAUCAAAUGAAUGUAGUUGCUCGAUUUGUUAUGAAUGAGUUGAAUGUUGUACUUGUGCAUUUAAAAUUAAUUUAAUUGGUGAGCUGAUUGAACAGGUGAUUUUUAAUGUACAACCCGCUUCAGUUUUUAGAAGAUUUUCAGAAAAGCUAACUAAAAAUUCACUUUGUGAUUGGCUUCCGUUCGGAGUAUAAAUGUCAGAUGUAUUCAAGUCAAUUUCUUUGAGAAAGAGAAACUGUAAAGCAAAAACACUUAACUGUUGGUGCCAGAUAGAUCAGUCCUAAAUUUUGACAAGUGUGCAUUAAACCUUGUUGCAUAGUUGAUCUAUCGACUAGAAGUUAAAUACCACUUUUUAAAUCAAGUGUUAAGUUGUUUGACCUAGUCUUGGCGGUUUCCAUUUAAAUAAAUACUUUGUACAUUGUAUUUGCAAACACCCAUAAGGUAGUCUCUUAAAAUCAUUGAGAUUUCAGUUUGUCAAUUGUGAAAACAAAUAUUUUAGUGAUAUACCUGUAAUGACAUCCAUGAAGGGGUAGUCAACUCUACAAUGAUGUCCGCUCCUGUGUGUAGCUGAUUGUCUUAAAGACACAAGUCUACCAUAGAUAUGCCAAAAUGAAUAAAUGGGGAAGCAGAUGCGUUAAUGAAAGGCAGUUUGCUUGGCAAAGAAUGUAAACAAAAGAUUAGAUACUUGGAUGAAUUGAUAUUUUGUCUUUCAAAUUGUGUGAAGGGUUUCAUUAAUAUAAGAAAAUAUUAGAAACUUGAGACAUUUUUCUCAAGUUUCCUUUACUUGUACUAACACAAGUGAGCCGAUUCCAUCCCCACGGUCUUGUUCCACAUUACAAUAAACUACAGCACUUUGGCAUAUGCAAUUGGUUUGAUGGCAGUACUCAAAUUUUAAUUUCCCAAAUUGCGGUCUGUAUCUGGACAUCCAAGAUAUUGCAAGAGUAAAAACCUGAGAUGUGUGAUUGAAGUUUACAAUGCCUCUCCAAAUGUUCUCCUUAACCAUUAUCCACUUGUCUGUGCAUAAUUUAUGCUGUGAAUGAUUAAUUUAUGAUGUGGGGAAAUUACAAUCAAUCACAGAUUCAAGCUCUCAAUUUUCCCCCCAUCUUUGAUGAGAGCACAGAUCUGCCAGUAUUUCCAGCUUGAAAAUUCUACCCAUAAUUUCAUUUCAUUGUCUGCUCGUAGUUCAUUUAUGUAUAUCCACCUCUACAAACAAAUCUUUGUAUGCAUCUUUAAUUAUUGAAGGGUGCCCCUCCCCCUAGUGUCAACCUUGUCAUUUUACACAUUGUAUCAAUGUAUAUUGUACUUUUCAGUUGCUAGUAUCCUGUAUAUCAUAAUUAUUUUAUAAAGGUCUUCUACAGGUA